AUGAACGCUGACAAGUUUGUGCUCGCAGCCCCAGAAGUGUCAUUCUGUGGAUAUACCCUGUCAGGAAAUGGAAUUGCAGCUGAAGAAGAGAAAGUUCGUGCCAUUGCCGAAUUCCCAAAGCCAGCUAACCUGACAGACCUCCGAUCAUUUAUGGGCUUGGUGAACCAACUGGCUGAAUUCACCCCUGCAAUUGCCGAGUCUGCUGAUGUUUUACGCCCUCUUAUGAGUCCCAAGCGUACCUUCACAUGGACUCCUGACCAUGAUGCAGCAUUCAGCCGCUAUGCACUGUUGCAAGAACAUAAGCCUGGAGAAUGGCGAUUAGUGCAAUGUGGUUCCCGGUUUCUAGCAGAUGUGGAGACGAGAUAUGCCACAAUUGAGUUGGAAUUAGUGGCUCGCAGUAUGGGCUAUGAUGAAGUGCAAAUAUUACCUGCUUGGUUUGCCCCACUUCACCCUGAUGACAGACCAUAG